AUGGAUCGACGACAGACACCACGUUGGAAUAGCGCAGAAUUGGGCCGGGUUGGCGUAAUGUCGCGCUGGCUGUUGCUGGUCAUUCUAGCGCUAACGGUCCGCGUUUCGGCCGGAUAUAAAGUCGGCGUGGGUAGAGCAGACUGCACUGGACCGUCGGUGGAAAUAACGUUCAUGGGCUAUGCGCAGGUGACGCAACGUGGAACCGGAAUACAUCUGCGUCAGUAUGCGCGAUCGUUCGUAAUCGAGGACGAACCCGGCACUCGGGUCGUGUUCGUCAGCGUGGACGCGGGCAUGAUGGGCCACGCGGUCAAGCGCGAUGUGCUGGCGGUUCUGCAGAAGAAGUACGGCCCGCUGUACACGGACGAAAAUGUCGUCAUCAGCGGUUCACACACGCACUCCACGCCGGGCGGCUUUCUGAUGUAUCUGCUGUACGAUCUGACGUCGCUCGGGUUCGUGCCGGAGACGUUCAAUGCGCUCGUGCACGGCAUCGCGCAGAGCGUUAUCCGGGCGCACAACAACAUGGUCGACGCACGGAUCUACGUCGCGGAAACGGAGGUGCUGGAUGCGAACAUUAACCGUAGCCCGAGCGCGUACGAAAACAACCCGGAAGAGGAACGGGCCCAGUACCGGCACAACGUGGACAAGACGCUGGUACAGUUGCAGUUUGUGCACGGCCGGGAUGGUACGCCGUUCGGUGCGAUCAACUGGUACGCGGUACAUCCGACGUCGAUGAACAACACGAACCGGCUCGUAUCGAGCGAUAACGUUGGGCUGGCUGCCGUAAUGCUCGAGCUGGAGCGCAAUCCCGGUGCGUUGGUCGGGAAGGGCGAGUUUGUGGGCGCUUUCGCGUCCAGCAAUCUCGGCGACUCGUCGCCAAACAUUGAAGGGCCGAAGUGCGAGAAGACGGGGUUGCCUUGUGACGUGCUGACGUCCUCCUGUCCGUCCGGUGCCGGUGCCUGCUUUGCGUCCGGGCCCGGUCGCGACAUGUUCGAGAGCACGGCGAUUAUCGCCGAUCGGUUGUAUCGGGCCGCGGCCGGGUUGCUCAGCACGUCAAACACCAAAGCGCGCGAAGUGACCGGCCCGAUCGGGUUCGUACAUCAGUACAUCGAUAUGACGACGGCGGAAACGGUCCAUUUCGAUCGUGCCACGCGCACGAUGGCACGUGUGCGCGGCUGUCUGCCUGCGAUGGGAUACAGCUUUGCCGCGGGUACUACGGACGGGCCGGGUGCGUUCGACUUCCAGCAGGGCACGAUCACGGACAAUGCGCUGUGGAAUGCGGUGCGUGACUUUAUCGCCGAACCGACGCAGGACGAUAAGGACUGCCAGGCGCCGAAACCGAUCCUGCUGGCGACGGGACGGGCUCGCUUCCCGUACGACUGGCAACCGAAGAUCGUGCCGACCCAGCUGCUGGUCGUGGGUGACUUCGCGAUGGCGGCCGUACCGGGCGAGUUCACGACGAUGGCAGGCCGCCGGUUGCGCACAGCGGUGGCCCGUGCUUCGGUGGCGGCCGGUGGCCGGGAUUUGCAGGUCGUUGUCGCGGGGCUCUCCAACAUGUACACCAGCUACAUCACCACGCCGGAGGAGUACGAAAUACAGCGGUACGAAGGUGCCUCCACGCUGUACGGACCGCACACACUGACGCUGUAUCUGGAGCAGUACAAAAAGCUGAUCGGUGCGCUCGUGCGCAACGAGUCGAUACCGGCCGGACCAACGCCACCGUACGAAGACGACAAGCAGAUCUCACUCACGACCGGGGUCAUCUUCGAUUCGCAUCCGCUCGGCAAAGACUUUGGCGAUGUGAAGGUACAGCCGGAACCGGUGUACGCGCACGGUACCACGGCUAGCGCCGUGUUCAUUGCGGGCAAUCCGCGCAACAAUCUCAUGCACGACAAAAGCUUCUUUACGGUCGAGCAGCAGCAGAUGGACGGCAACUGGAGUGUUAUCGCAACCGAUGCCAACUGGGAAACGAAAUUCCGUUGGGAACGAACCUCCACCAUACUAGGCUUUAGUGAUAUUGAAUUUAGCUGGAUGAUUGGGCCCACCAUACCGGAAGGGACGUACCGGAUCCGACACUUUGGCUACUACCGAUACAUACUUGGAGGUGUCUACCCGUACGUGGGCGUUACAAACACCUUCACCGUGGAGUAG